CAGCGGCAGCAGAAGGCAAGACCGCAGCAGCAGCAGCAGCGGCAGCAGAAUGCAAGAGCGCAGCAGCAGCAGCAGCAGAAGGCAAGAGCGCAGCAGCAGCAGCAGCGGCAGCAGAAGGCAAGAGCGCAGCAGCAGCGGCAGCAGAAGGCAAGAGCGCAGCAGCAGCGGCAGCAGAAGGCAAGAGCGCAGCAGCAGCGGCAGCAGAAGGCAAGAGCACAGCAGCAGCAGCGGCAGCAGAAGGCAAGAGCGCAGCAGCAGCAGCAGCUUCAGCAGAAUGCAAGAGCGCAGCAGCAGCGGCAGCAGAAGGCAAGAGCGCAGCAGCAGCAGCAGCGGCAGCAGAAUGCAAGAGCGCAGCAGCAGCGGCAGCAGAAGGCAAGAGCGCAGCAGCAGCAGCAGCGGCAGCAAAAGGCAAGAGCGCAGCAGCAGCGGCAG